AUGACGCAGAUUGCUUUCCCUGCCGACUUGCUUCGACAACUUCAGGAGAACGUGUCUUUUGAUCUUGGAGCCAUCGAAGAUAUCCGAGCAGCGAUGCAGGAAAUCAGCGAUCGACUUAACCAUCGUACAGGAAUCCUAGGCCAAGCUGUGCAAUCCUUGGACUCAGGUCACCGUCAGGUCUUUGAAGGGUGCGUUACUGUUGAAAAUCAGUUGGAAGAAUUCAAGCGGAUUUUGAGGGCCCAGCAGACCGUGAUUGAGGAGCAAGCCUCGACAUGGACCAGGGAGAUGGCUGCAAUGAGAGAUCGUUUGGAAGACAACCAGGCGGUAAUCAAUCAACAGCUUGUCGUGAUAGAUCAGGCGAAGCAGCGCGAAGCCCUGCUAUUGGCCAAGGUGGAAUCCAUGGCUGGACGUCUGAAUGAGAUGGAAACCAUGCUGUCCAGUAUGAGUGCGAGUGUGAACGAACACAAGGGCCGGCUAAGCAUUCAUGAAACUUACAUUUCAGCAGCUGUAAGUUCGCAGGCUACAGGGUCUCAAGAGGGCGAUGCUGGUGCUGCCGAGGGUGAUUUGGCAGUCCAAGUUCGCAUGUUGGCCGAGAGGGUGGAUCAAGAGCUGGCACAGAUUGCUCGUGGGGACGCUCACGAUGCAGAGGCUGGAUCUUUGAAGGACCUGAAUGCGGCUGUAGACCAGCUUGACGAACGGGUAACGGCACUGGAGACAAGCAUGGAAGAGUGGGAAAAUGCGGAUUGUGAGGAUGAUCAACGUCCUUGUGAGUCUGAAGCGCAUGUGGGCGGAAUGCCCCAGCGAUUUGACUUGACACCGAAUUUGCAGGACACUCCUACGUGGGGAAAUCAAGAGCCUGCAGAUGAACAGGAACCAGAUGCUACCGCUAUGUGGUGGCAGCAACCUUUCGAGUUUUCAUCAACAGAGCAUAGUGCGAAUGUAUCCAUUGGAAGGCCAACGCAGAAUGUCUGGGGAAUUAGUGAUCCUCCUGGUUUGCCAGCGUACCUCCGAGCUCCAAAUGUGGUCGCAGACAACGCUGCGGAUCCUGGGCAGGGGAAUGUUGCACCAGUGCCAGCCGCUCCGCCUCCAAAAGCUAAAGCUGUGAGGAAGAGUCCCCCGGUGGUUCCCAAGGGUGGAUACGGCCAGGCUAAUAAGGCAACGCCCGGCCUGCAUGCAGAUCACGAUUUCGUCCUGGUAGACUCCGGAGCGAACGAAGUGUUGCGACCAGGCGAGCCCCCGCGGAGGGGGUGUGAAACAUCAUUGCAAUUGGCCGAUGGCAUGAGAAUCAAAGCGUUUAGAAGCCGGGAAGGGGAGUUGGUGAUUCCUGGCGCCACAUGGAUCUGUGGUCUGAGUCGUUUGGUCUCGUUAGGAUACAAGUUCGUGUGGAGCCGAGCCCGAGGUCCCUACCUUCAGACCGAUGAUGAUUUCCCGGGUGAGAUUAGAACCAUCAAUCUAAUCGUCAUGAACGGUUUGCCUUAUGUCCGGUGGGAGGACUUCGUUGAGGUUCGAAGAUACUUGACUCAGCAGUACAAGCAGUGCAAUCGCAAGGUUUGCAGUGUGACGGUUCCCAUGUGUCCCGAAGCCUCAAGCAUUCUUGACAUUGAAGAAGUCAUGGCGCAUGUGGCAGAUGAUCUAGAGUGCUGUGAAGCAAGCUUGGUUGCUGUGGAGCCAGCAACAGACCAUGACGAAUCAAAAGAGAGCCAGUUUGAUGCGGUCUUGGAUGAGCUUCAUAGGGCUAAGUGGAAUGUGUGGAACCACGCAGUGUGGCGAAAGACGCAUGAUGACAAGCCUCCUGCGAAGGGUCGUUUGUUGAGCACAAGCCGUACGAUUGCUGAGUUCGACCCGUUUCAAAUGCAUGGCACAGAGCCUUUCCGAGGGCACAGAAUUGUGGUGACGGCGUUCACGCCGGCAGCUGGACAGCAGACCUCAGAGCGCAUGCGUGCUCAUUUGGAGGGUUUAGGCUUUCCAAUCCAUGAUAGACACGACGACGACGGAACACGACGUGUAGAGAUCAACACGGUUCUGCAGCAGCAGCAUCAACAACAACAACAGCAGGGUAGCACAUGCGCGCCAGCAGAAGGCGCGCCGGAGCCGCUGGAGAAUGCCUUGGGAGUUCAGGGUGUUCAGGGAGUUCAGGGAAGCUUAGGCGAUGACCAGGGUGUUCAGGAUUGCUUUCAGGGUUUACCUUAUUUCGGUGAAGUCGUAGAAGUGAGCGAUGGAGAGCUGUCAGAAGACUUGUUUCCUGAGCUCGUGCACUCAACGAAGCAAAGAGCCGAUGAGCAGCGACCUGAUUGCGAAGAUAAUUUGGAUGUGUAUGAGCCUUCACUUCCUGAGGAGGAGAAGCCUGUUGACCAAGGUCCAGAGUCUUUGCCACCUGAUGCGAUUCCUAAGCCGAAGCCUGGAAGGACAAUAGAUGAUUUGAGAACUCGAGGACUCCGACGACCACACCUUCGUUUGAGUGCAGAGCAGGUUGCAACGGGAGUGAUGUCCAUUGAUCUUGCUGGUCCUUACCGUGAGGGCUAUGAUGGCGCAAGAUACAUGUUGGUUGCAGUGCUUCGUCUAGCUGAUGGAUGCAACUUGCAGUAUACAAGGCCUCUCCGACACCGACAUUGGCAGCUAGUGUACGAGCAGCUUCAAAGUAUUCUUUCACAGAUUGCAGCUACAAGUCACGAUCUUGGUUUGCUAACCGUCGAGGAGCGCGAAUACGGCCCUGAAGAGGCGAAGGAAGCAGAUUUCUUCCAGGCGGCGAAGUGUGAAGCAGCAUGCAACAAGGCUGUGGAGAGUUCAGCUAAGGAUGCUGAGGUCACCAAGUCCAGGGAUAAGAAUCUUGAGUGGCUUGAGGGAAAGACCUGCACCGUUUGUGGGAAAUCUUCCAAGGCAUGCUAUCUUGAGAAGCUGGAUAAGGUGACGCCAGAGCCAUGUGGAUAUCAGGUUCCUGGAUUUGAUGAAGAAGCAGAGAUGGUUGAGCAAGAGCGUCUAGCCCAGGAGCUCAAGAGCUUUAAGGCAAGCGCGGAACCAUGUGGAAACGAUGUUUUCUUCGGCCCACGUCGCGAGGAUUGGAUUGGAGCGGCACGUAAGGAGCUCGACAACAUGACGGUGCAUCAGAAGGUUUGGAUUGAGGUUCGAAAGGGCCAUAUCCAUGAGGAUUUGGGUCUAGACAGAAGCGUGAAGCUUCCUAAGGCCCUACCGAUGCAACUUGUCAACACCUUGAAGCCUUUGAAUGAAAGCUCUGGACCAAUCGACGAGCCGAAAGUGAGGAUCGUAGCAUGCGGAAAUUUCCAACAUGAUUCCCAGGACAAAGAGGACUUGAGCACGCAGAAUGUGGACAUGUCUGUCUUGAGGACCAUGGCUAAGGAAACUGCUCUAAGGCCAUCGUGGAUCAUGGGAGCAGGUGACAUCAGCGCAGCAUUUUUAAACACCUUCUUGGGUGGUAAAGACUUGGUCAUUCUUGAGCCGCCGGCAGUCCUUAAACGACUGGGUUUGAUUGCGGAAGAUGUUCAGUACGUCCCAAUCAGAGCAAUCUACGGGUUGCGACGGUCCCCUUUGGACUGGAGCCGGGAUCGAGACGGCAAGAUUUCCGGUAAGGUUUUGACCGAUGAUCAAGGAAGGCAGAUCCACUGCGUGCCUAUCGCGCACCAGGACGGUCUGUGGAAGCUGCUAUGUGGUGACACUCUAGUGGGAUUAGUAGCCAUGUAUGUAGAUGAUUGCUUGGUAACGGGCGAACGAUCUGCAGUGGAAGCGUUCUUGCAGUUUGUGAGCGCAGAGUGGCGAACGAAAAUCCAGGGUUUCAUCGCGAGACAAACGGACGUGCAAGUGAAAUGCAACGAUGAACAAGUGGCACAGAAGCAAGCGCUGAACUUCUUGGGAGUAGAAAUUUCCUUCGAGGGGGAUAAGAUCGUUAUCCAGCAGCGCCGCUGGAUUCUUCAAGAGCUGAAUCGCAGAGGCUGGGUUCAUAUGAAGGGUUCGCAGUCACUUCCUCAGCUGGAGAUGGCCGAGGAUGAAGCACUUGACGAGCAUCAUGCCAAGAAUCUGGCCAAUGCACGGUCAGAAAUUGGAGCUCUGAUGUGGAUUGGAAUUCGGAGUAGACCCGAUGUCCUUGCUGCUGUGUCAAUGGGAGCGAGUGUUAUGCAUCGCCGACCAGAGGCGAUCUGUAAGUUCUGUGUGGGUUUGUGGCGCUAUGUGCGAGGGACCCUUGAUGAGUGCUUGCAGUAUGGACCGGAUGGGAAUCCGGGUGAGAUGACUUUCAUUUCAGAUGCAUCGUUCGCCCCUGAGGGCUCUCGAAGCCGGACAGGUGGCGUGUUGUGUUAUGCAGGCAGUGUGAUACAUUGGUUCUCCUGUCGACAGACAGUCACUGCUUGGUCAGUUUGUGAAGCAGAAACGGAUGCACUGGCUGAGACCUUGUCCCAGGGGAUUCGUCUUACGUAUGUGCUGCAGGAUCUUCUUCAUAAGCCUGUGACGAGGUGCACAAAGCUCUCCCUGCGGCCUCCGCGCAAGCUAGGCCUCGGCGCGAGGCCCACAAAUCCACCACCUCGCACUGCUGGCUCUGGGCCACUUCGCGAGCUCUCGGCGAUCGCGGAUGCCGCUCUGCUAAACAAUGUUUCCUCGCAGAUGCCCCGCCUCGGAGAAGUGCCAGCGGAACAGCGGAGGCCGGCGGGCUUUGAGAAUGCGUAUACUGUGCUGGGGCUGAAAGAGCAUCGUGAGCAAGCAGCCGUCACCUUGAUGAAGGCUGCACAUGAGCCAUCAGGAGCAGAAAGCGCCCUGCUCGCCAGAGUGGCGCGGCGAGAAAUGAUCUGCAAGCAUCUGCCACACCCGGCCGCAUGCGCGGAUUCCCUGGACGUGCUCGCCGAGCCUCCAGCUCACGUUCGAAUCGCGACCCCGGCAGCCCCGGCAGCUGAAGCAUCACAGGAGCAACUCUCGCCGGUAGCAAACGGGCUCUGA